AUGGGUUUCGGCGCUCCUCGUGGUCGCGGUGGAUUCGGUGGUGACCGUGGCGGUCGUGGCGGUGGUCGCGGCGGUGGUCGUGGUGGCUUCGGUGGUGGUGACCGUGGUGGUCGCGGCGGUGGUCGAGGUGGUUUCGGUGGUCGCGGCGGUGGCCGUGGUGGUUUCGGUGACCGUGGCGGUCGUGGCGGCGGUCGUGGUGCUCCCCGUGGCCGUGGUGCUCCUCGUGGCCGUGGUGGUGCCGCCGGUGCCCGUGGUGGUGCUAAGGUCAUCAUUGAGCCCCACCGUCACGCCGGUGUCUUCGUUGCCCGUGGUGGUAAGGAGGAUCUGCUUGUCACCAAGAACUUGACCCCCGGUGAGGCUGUCUACGGCGAGAAGCGUAUCUCUGUCGAGGGCCCUACUGGUGAGGAUGGUGCUGUCACCAAGGUCGAGUACCGUGUGUGGAACCCUUUCCGUUCCAAGUUGGCUGCCGGUAUCCUGGGUGGUCUGGACAACGUCCACAUCAAGCCUGGCGCCAAGGUUCUCUACAUCGGUGGUGCUUCCGGUACCUCCGUCUCUCACGUCGCUGAUAUCGUCGGUCCUACCGGUAACGUCUACGCCGUUGAGUUCUCUCACCGUUCCGGCCGUGACCUGAUUGGCAUGGCUACUCACCGUACCAACGUCAUCCCCAUUGUUGAGGAUGCCCGUCACCCCCUAAGAUACCGCCUCUUAGUUCCAAUGGUAGAUGUGGUAUUUGCCGACGUUGCACAACCCGACCAAGCUCGUAUCGUCGGCCUCAACGCCCACAUGUUCCUCAAGGACCAGGGUGGUGUCUUGAUCUCCAUCAAGGCCAGCUGUAUCGACAGCACAGCUGCUGCUGAUGUUGUUUUCGCCCGUGAGGUCCAGAAGAUGCGUGAGGAGAAGAUCAAGCCCAAGGAGCAGCUGACUCUGGAGCCCUUCGAGCGUGACCACUGUAUCGUUGGUGGUAUCUACUCUCGCUCCUCAUAA